UCUAGUCCAUCUCUGAUGUUAAGGAAGAAGAAACCGCUUGGUAACUUAGCCUCAGCGAUUGAACUUCUCUCAUCUGUGAUUAACCUGUUUCACGACCAUUAUUUAAAUUCAGAAGAAGAUAUUUACCAGUCUUGUGCACCCAAAGCACAGAGAAAAAGCCAUAUAUCAAAAACUGCUGCUCCUAUAGAUCUGGCAAAAACAGUUUUCACAUCCGUCAUUACUGGUCCAAUGAUUCCAUCAGCUUUAGAAAUUCUUGUAGAACCACUUUCUAAAGUAUUUCUAAUAAAUCAGAAGAAAACAUCCUCUAAUGUUCUUGGUGCAAAG